GGGCUGCCAUUGACCUCAACUAACGCCAGAGGCUUCUGACUGCAGCCGAGCUCUGGUGGAGAGGCCGAUGCCGGCCUGAGAGUGGGAAGCGUGGGGCUGCGAGCCAGGGGCUUCCGCGCGGCGUGGCGUGGCCCUCUCAGGGCCGUUACGCGAUUUUCGCUCCCGCGGACAGCGCCUCUCAGACCACCCCCGAAGGACCCCGAGGACGCACUCGGGCCCCAGCGCGACGGUUCAAACGGGCCCGUGUGCGCCCCCGGGGUCCGCCGGCCCCUGCAGCGCUACCUGGGCGCAGAGCCGCGGAGGGUCUCCGUUCCUAGACGUCCUCCUACCCCGGGCGGCCUGAGUCCUUGCCAGCAUCCGCCCUCUCCCACCUCCCAUCCUUCCUGGAGCCGCCUCUCGGUUCCCGAGGGACAGUCCCGACCGCAAACCCACGUAGAGUAAGGAAUGUGGAAGGAACAGGCGACAGAAGUGGCAUACGCUCCUGCGUUAUCCCUCCGUCUCGCCACACCUUGUGCCUCCAUCUCUCCCCGUUUCCUUCCCUCUGUCUGUCAUCUGUCAUCCCCUGUCGCUCUAAGACCAGGAUUCCAGUUCGCCUAGUGAGGAAUCUCACUAGGGGAAUUUAUCGCAGCAUCAUAAAUUAACGGGUUCAUUUUGACUGAAAAAGCGAAGGAGUUUUUUCAGGCAGAAGACAAGUCUCGUCUGGUCGCGUCUCGUCUAUUUAUUGUCGCGGGGAAGCGGCGGCCGCCUCGCACCCGGAACAACAAAGCAAGGAAGACGGAGUCCGAGCCUCGGGGGCUCCUAGCAACGGGUCGGGGCGGGAGUUCCAUGGAGACUGGGGAGCGCGCCCGUCUCAUCCUCAUCCUUGUUCUCCAGCUUCUCCUUCGCAUCCGACGCAACCGGCAGCAGCGCUGCCGCCGCGUCCUCAGCCACCGCUCCCUCUUCCCACGGGAGAUGUGAUCUUCGUGGUGGAAAGCUAAAUUUUAAAACCACCCCAAUGGAUGCAGACAGUGAUGUUGCAUUGGACAUUCUAAUUACAAAUGUAGUCUGUGUUUUUAGAACAAGAUGCCAUUUAAACUUAAGGAAGAUUGCUUUGGAAGGAGCAAAUGUAAUUUAUAAACGUGAUGUUGGAAAAGUAUUAAUGAAGCUUAGAAAACCUAGAAUUACAGCUACAAUUUGGUCCUCAGGAAAAAUUAUUUGCACUGGAGCAACAAGUGAAGAAGAAGCUAAAUUUGGUGCCAGACGCUUAGCCCGCAGUCUGCAGAAACUAGGUUUUCAGGUAAUAUUUACAGAUUUUAAGGUUGUUAAUGUUCUGGCAGUGUGUAACAUGCCAUUUGAAAUCCGUUUGCCAGAAUUCACAAAGAACAAUAGACCUCAUGCCAGUUAUGAACCUGAACUUCAUCCUGCUGUGUGCUAUCGGAUAAAAUCUCUAAGAGCUACGUUACAGAUUUUUUCGACAGGAAGUAUCACAGUAACAGGGCCCAAUGUAAAGGCUGUUGCUACUGCUGUGGAACAGAUUUACCCAUUUGUGUUUGAAAGCAGGAAAGAAAUUUUAUAAUUCACCACUUAAUUGGUUAGAAUCUCUAACUGAGCACCUUUUAAACCUGCUGCACAUUGGACUCAAAAGGAAAACUGGACCAACAGUAAUCGAGGGGAUAGACUCUUUUAUUCAUUCACGGCUACAGUGUAAGCUCCAGUCCCUUUGGAUUUUAUUCCAAACCUUGCUGUAAUAUAAAAGGAAGUUUACAAGACAUGACAUUGCUGCUUUUACAAAAGGACAUUCUAUUUAUUUUCGCAGUAAUUCUCAUGUCCCCAUAAGCAGAGCUGUCACAGUGUGCACUACCUUAGAUUGUUUUAUUGUUGUCAUUGUUAUUUUUUUCCAUUUUGAGCUAAUGUGUUUUAUUUGUGAAUAGUCUUUUACAUUUUUGUAUGCUGAAUAUGGGCACCAAAGAACCUGUAAAAGUUAUCUUUUUCAAUUGAAUGUGCACAAAUAAAAGUUUGGAAAAGA